AUGAUUAGACCUCUCAAACUUGCCAUCAUCGGUGGAGGACCUUCUGGUUUCUACCUUGCUUCUCGUCUGCUUUCUCGUUUUCCGCAAUCUUACGCAGAUUCACUCCGAGUCCAUAUAUUUGAUCGCCUAUGGGCCCCUCAUGGGCUCGUUCGCUACGGCGUUGCUCCGGACCAUCCCGAAGUAAAAAACUGUACACACAAGUUCGAUUCUGCAGCCUCUGACCCGAGACUGAAAUUCUUCGGAAAUGUGAAUGUUGCGUCGGAUGGAGAGAAUGCGCUUAACGGUGUGCCGUUAAGCUCACUGAAGAAGAACUAUACCCAUCUUGUAUUCGCGACUGGUUGCACAGAACCAAAUCUGCAUCCACUUCUACCGAGGGACGACGGUAUCAUCCCUGCGCUAGAUAUAGUCCAUUGGUACACGCGACAUCCAUCAAAUCCCUCCCCGCCUCCUCUUAGUUCCACAAAUCACGUCUCUAUCAUCGGUAUGGGUAACGUUUCGCUAGACGUCGCACGUAUGCUUCUCUGCCCUCCUUCGCUUUUGGAGAAAUACGACGUGCCUAGCCACGUACUUGAUGCUCUCAGGAGCUCCAAAGUUAAACAUGUGUCAGUCAUUGGGCGGAGAGGACCAUUAGAGGCAGCAUUCACCACCAAGGAGCUGCGUGAAAUGAUGAAUUUGCCUGACGUCGCGCUGCGACCUCUUGAGAAAAGCGUAUUAGACGUUCAGGCCAGCACAAGGCAGCAGUCCCGGACUUUGGAUCUACUGAAGAAAGGCUCCAAAGCAGCAUUUGGUACAACACUCAAAACUUGGUCUUUGGAUUUUUACCGAAAUCCUAUCAGUGUAACAGUCCCCAGUUCAAACUCUCCGUCUUAUUCACUAACUCUUGGUCAUACUGUCGUCGAUGCUGCAACCAAACGCGCAGGACCUCUACUUGACUCGAAUGGCGCUCCCAUAACAUCUGUCCUCCCAACAUCUCUCAUCGUACCAGCCAUGGGUUUUCAUGCUGAACCCUCGUCUGCAGCACCUUAUGCUCAAUGGUAUGAUUUAGACCAGAAACAUAUCAAGACUUUACCUGGCGGACGAGUGUCAACGACUAAUCUUGAUACUGAGGAACCCAAAAUCUAUGCUUCCGGAUGGGCCGCGACCGGUGCGAAAGGUGUACUUGCCAGCACCAUGAUGAACGCGUACUCUGUUGCGGAAGCCAUACUGGAAGAUUGGACUAACCUCACGCCAUCAUUAACCACCUCCAAUACGCAUCCCGUGGCUAUCUCAUCCUCACCUUGGGAUGCGCCUCCGUCUGAGAUUCUAGACGGUUUAUCAUCUGCGAAUAUAACCACGUACGAAGACUGGCUGGCUGUCGAUGCCGAAGAAGUGCGCCGGGCUUCCGCUGGUGGAAAGGAGCGAGAGCGUAUGGAUUGGAAUGAGGCAAAGAAAUUCUUACAUGGUACAGCUAAACAGAAGUAAGGAUGGCAAGCCUAAAUGCUUUAUAUGUUUUUUCGAUGGUUUCGCGCCUGGCAGUGUUAUAGUCCCAAGGGUAGGUCCCAAAAAAGUAGAUCCGCACGAAGCCCAUGAAGCUGAGUGCUUUAGCGUAACCAUGUACAUGAAUUUUGAACUGGAAGUGUGAUUCACGGUUCAAAAUCAUCUGUAACCGUCAUUACCAGUCUCUUCCCCCUUCAUCAAAUUCCCAGUCUUCCAUUAACAUACUCUCAGGCAGCUCUCAGGUCCCCUGCAUCUAUUGGUCGAGGACGACCGCGAUUCCUUUGCAUUGUCUGCAACUGCUACAGCGCCGCGAACCUGGU